AUGCGACAGUUCUGCUGCUUCCAGAUUGUUCUUGUACUCCUUUUGUUGAGAGAUGCUGAAAAUACUACUCAGAAAGUCUGUGGCCGACCCAAAGUGCACUCACUUCGGAUCGUGGGAGGGCAUAAGGCUGAUGAAGGGGAGUGGCCAUGGCAGGUCAGCAUACGGGAAAACCGACUACAUGUGUGUGGUGGAAGCCUUGUCUCAUCUCAAUGGGUGGUGACAGCUGCUCACUGCUUUGAUGGGCCACUGAAUCCGUCUGUAUAUCGAGUACAUCUGGGGGAGUAUGAGCUCCCCAAACCUGCACACACCAUGGUUUCAUCUGCCAUUGGACAGAUAAUAGUGCACCCGUAUUAUGCUGGAGACGGGCUCAGUGCUGAUAUUGCACUGGUGCGGCUGGUGGAGCCAGUAAAUUUCUCCCGGACCAUCCUGCCCAUAUGUCUGCCCAGUACUUCAGACCCUGAGCCCUUCCCUGUGGGGAUGUCAUGCUGGGUUACUGGCUGGGGCAACCUCUACCCAGAAGCCCCCUUCUCUACUCGGACCCUGCAGGAGCUGGAGAUACCAAUCCUAGAUGUAGAUGAGUGUGACAAAAUGUACCACAAUGACUCGGACAGCAGCAGUGACACUGAGACGGUGCCAGAGGGGUACAGGCUGAUCUACGAUGACAUGAUCUGUGCUGGGUACGCAGAAGGAAAGAAGGACUCCUGCCAGGGUGACUCUGGAGGACCCCUGGCCUGCAAGCUGAAUGGCACCUGGUUCCUGGCUGGAGUGGUGAGCUUUGGGUUGGGUUGUUCUCAGUCCAACCGACCUGGGGUCUACACCCGAGUCACUUCCUAUAUGGACUGGAUCCAAAACAACAUGGGAAAGCACACAGCCACCAGUGUGGGCAUCUGUCUCUCGAACACCAGCGCUGCUGUUCUCGUGGGCCUGCUCUUUCUCUGGGGCCUUUUCCACACUCAGGCCCUUGAAGUGCUGAUGUUCCAUAAUCAACUGGAAGCAUAAUUAAAAUGGAGGCUGCAGAGGGCACUUAAUUUAGCGUUCUCCCCUCAAUCAAUCCCCACAUUGA